AAAUAUAAUAUUUUUCUCAUUAAAUUACUUUCUACAAUCUGUGUCAUUUAUUAGACUUCAAUGAAAGCAAUUAUAAACAAUCUGGCUAUCGUUUGUUUUUGUUCUCAUGUUUGCUUCCGUCAUCAUUUUUUGUAUCGUGGCACGCAUUUCUAGCGUAGUGAUAAGCGAUUAUUUACCUUAAAUCAGCCGGCAAUACUUUGGUGUAUUUAUCAAUAACACAUAGUGCCUAACUUAAGUUCUUGAUUUAUAACCAUUAUCACAUUGUUAAAAAGUGCUUGCGUGGCUUACAUACUCAUUUUUAUUACAAACUAAUAUUUGUAGACAACAGACGUUCCCACGCACAAUGAUGCCAAAAAUUUACGUUGUUAGUUUACUAUGCGCAGUAUUAGCAUCCGUUUCAAGUUAUGAGAAGAGCGGUUCGUGCUACUCCUUUGCCGAUGGCUCUGUGUAUCCUUCUGAAGGGCCCCGAGGUGAUCACAAGCUACAAACUACUAAGGCUGUCAUAUCUAAACCAGCUCCACCGUUUGAGGGUACUGCCGUAGUCAAAGGCGAUUUCAUCAAAUUAUCACUUUCCCAAUAUAAGGGGAAAUACGUAGUUCUUCUUUUUUACCCACUUGACUUCACUUUUGUAUGUCCGACUGAAAUUAUUGCUUUUUCGGAUCGUAUUGAAGAGUUCCGUAAAAUCAAUGCUGAGGUUGUGGCUGUCAGUGUUGACUCACACUUUACACACUUGGCUUGGAUCAAUACACCACGAAAGGAGGGAGGCCUUGGAUAUGUGAAAAUUCCAUUGCUUUCUGAUUUAACGCAUAAAAUCAGCAGAGACUAUGGUGUUUAUUUAGAAGAUUUGGGCCAUACGCUCCGUGGUCUCUUUAUCAUCGACCAUCGUGGCAUUUUACGGCAAAUAACAAUGAAUGAUUUGCCAGUAGGACGCUCAGUAGACGAAACAAUUCGCUUGGUGCAGGCAUUCCAAUAUACGGAUACCCAUGGAGAAGUAUGCCCCGCGGGCUGGAAGCCUGGUGCAGACACGAUCGUUCCCGAUCCAAAAGAGAAGACGAAAUAUUUCCAAAAAAACAACUAAAAUUCAUAAGGUCGUGUUUACUCUACCUCCUCAUAUAUUUGGUAUAUGUAUUCCAAAAUUUCUUAUUUUUUUACAAAUACUGAUUGGAUAUCAAAUUUAGAAACCAAUAAAAUUGGAUCUAAUAAAUAAAGAAAAAUAGUUUUAUAAGAAGUUAA